CCUCCUUUUCUUUCUCUACUUUAGAUAUAUCGAGAGAGAGAGUGAGAGUGCUGAAUCCUAAUUUUUUGGAGUUUGAUUGAAGGUUGGAAAAUCCAUUUGAGGAUUUAAUUGUAUUUGUGAGAUGGUUAAAACUUGGGUAUCAAUUCAGAAGCCACAUUUUGCCACUGAGAGGAGAAAAUGCUGUCACUUGCCGAAGUUAAGUCAGGGAAGCGGAAGGUAUCGAUGGUCACCGGCAGAGCUGUUGAACAACCGGCCAAGAAGCAGAAACACAUGAAAUCUGAGAUAAGUUCUUCACCUGAAAUAUUCUUCCAUCCAAAAAGUUAAAGGUUUGAUCUUUUAUUUUUUGUUUUUUUACACCCAUGGUGUUUUGGGGUAUUCAUUUGGUGAAGAUGGUAUUCAAGUUAUAUUUCCAGUUCUCCUUUUUGAUGGAUUUUAAUCUAUUGCUGAAUAUAUUUAGUUAUAUGUUUGGGUAUUCAUUUUGGUUGAUUUUUGUACUGCACAUUAAUUUUGCUCGGUGGGUUUUGUCAUUUAAGUUGGCUUAUUUGUUGAGUUUAUUGAAAAACCAUUAGUUUGUUUGUCUUGCGUAAUAGAAGAUCACCACUGCUGAAAUUACUUUUAAAUAUAUUUUUAAAUAUAUUUUUCUUAAAUAUAUGUUUUUUUAGAUUCUCAUUCAAAUGUAUAAUCCUUUCCCAUGUUUUCAUCAUUAUCAUUUUCCAUUCCUAGUAACUGGGUAAUUUGGGUGUUGUUUUGGAUAACCGUAUGUACCAACUUAGUAGCUAAACAACACCUUUUUUAUAUUUUUAACAUUGCCCUUUUCUCAUUUUUAUUUGUAGUAAUCUUAAGGAGUUCUUUUCCAUACAUGUAUGUUUCAAUUUAGUCGAUAAAUCUAAUAUUAUUUGCUUGUAAGUUAUUGCAGUUUCCAAAAAUUUAUUGUUUAUUAAUGUAUUGAUUUUUUUGACACUUUGUGGGUAUCAAGUUACAAGAUAAAUACUCAAUAGUAUCUAAAUUUAUAAUUGUUUUUGAAUGUUUAUUUAUAUGAUAGUAUCUAAAUGUGACAUGUUCCUUUCAGACUUCCAGUUCUAAAUACCUAUUAGUAGCUACUUUGGAGUACUUUAAUGUAUGCAUUCUGAUAACCUAAUAUAUAUUGUAGUAACUUAAUUGGUCAUUUUUAUUUUAAAUGUUUCAAUUCUCAAUACUUAGUGCUACCGCAACAUGUCAUUCAAAAUGGUUUUAUAUACUUCAUAGUAGUUAAUAUUAUUUGUGUGUCUGUUAUUGCAUACCAGUUAGUAUUAUCUUAUCUGGUACAUUUUAGUAAUAGUAGUAAUCACCUUUUUUACAUCGUUUUUCAUUUUCAGAUAUGGGAUUUGUAUUUCAAACCCGAGGAUAGAAUUGGUGGUAAAAUACAUUUUUGGUGGAAAAGUAAUAUUAUUAAUGAGAUUAAGAGAAAAUUAUCAAAUAAUCAAUGGAAUAUGUUGAUGUCUACCUGUUUUGGGCACUUAUUGGAUCUUAAAUCUUACAACAUGCAAGCUCAGGUAAUUCUUCAUGCUCUGAUGAGGGAACUUUAUCAAACCAACGAUGAUGAGAUGUGGUUUGAUUUCAGAGGCAAGAGAGUUAGAUUUGGAUUAGGCGAGUUUUCCAUAAUUACUGGUUUGAAAUGCUACGGUGAUUAUAGUCUCGAAAGAUUUAACAUCAGCAAUAAAUUUGUUGAUAAAUAUUUCAGCGAUCAAAAUGUAUGUCGUGAAGUUAUACAAACACGAUUUGGGUCAAGCAAAUUUGAAGAUGAUGAUAUUUUCGCUGUUAAGUUGGCUGCUCUGUAUUUCUUGUCUAACUAUUUGAUGUCUAAACAUGAUGGUAAACUUGUUGAAGACAAUAUCUUGAAUCUGGUGGGUUCUGAUGAGUUUGAAACAUUUCCAUGGGGUAAGCUAGUGUUCGAUCUAACGUUGAAAGAGUUGCAAGCGAGUUUUAAGGGCAUGCAUAAAAAGAAGGUUGGAGAAAAAGAGAAAUCGGUGAUUAGGGUUGCUGGUAACCCCACUUGCCCAUCUUCAAAAACAUACAAGUUGGGUGGGUUCCCAUUAGCAUUCCAGUGUUGGUUGUAUGAGAUGAUACCCAAUCUCAAGGAUGAAGGAUUUUGUUUUUAUGACGAAGAGCAAGUUUUUAGAAUAUCCAAAUGGAGUAGCACAUCAAAACCUGAAUAUAGUACGCUAGAAAAGAAAGUGUUUGUUUCAUCUGUGCUUAAGGUAAAUCACAUUAUCCCUACAGAAGAAGGGGCUAUGUUGCUGGACAUAAAAAAUUUCAAUGUUUUGUCAAUGUCGGAUUCAGAAAUGGAUGAUGACUUUCAACCAUUUCAUGUGAAGGGGAAAAUGACUCAUGUCGGGGAAUGCUCGUCUAUGCCACCACCAAUAUCUAUUGACAAGGACAGACCUCAAUUUUCUGAUUUGAUUGAUCGCAUCAAGGUUAUUCUUAUUAAGCAAGACCAAUUAGAUCUAAAAAUCGACAAUUACAAAUCACAUAUUGCUGCGAGGUUUGAUGUGUUGGAGAAGAUCAUGAUGAAUAAUGAUACCAAGAUGGAUAUUUUUGUCAAAGCAUUGAAGGAAAUUAAGCAAUAUAUGUUCCAUGAUCAAAUUGAAAUGAUUACUGGCAUUCAACUUGAAAAAGAAGACAAUAAGAUUAAUGGAGAAAUUGAAAUUAAUGAUAAGUUUCAAAAUAAAAAAGAAGAGAAUAAGGUUGGCAAGCAAGCUAACGUCACUCAAGAUCAGGGCACGGAAGAAUUUAAGAUUGAGUACGAUGAUCUCCCAAGUUUUGAUAUAAUGACUCAGAACAUUCUGGAUAUUGAAUUUAUGCCCAACAAUGAUACUGUUCACACCCCAUCAGUUCAAAACAAAAAUGUUGGCCAAUCAUAUACCAAAAACCACGAGGACCAGAACCAGCAUAAACAAAAACCCAAAGAGCAUAAGGACAAUGUUUGCAAUGAUGACAAGGGUAUUUAUGGUAAAAGUGCGUACAAGGAUGCCAUAGUUAACUCUAAUGAUAAUCCUGAAGAAAAAAAAGACAAUAUUAUUGGUGAUAAGUCAAUUCAAAAUGAAGCUGUUGAUGUUGUAAGUGGGCAUUAUGAUGAUGAUGUUGGAUUUGUUAAGGCACUCGUUCAUACAGUUGAUGAAGUUAUUAAGUGCUAUGCAGAUAAGAAAAAUGAGGAAUACUCCAAUCUAGUUGUUAUUGAGGCUGGAUUGGUUUCUCGUAAGCGUAGUGCCAAACCAGGAGUUCAUACUCAAGAUCCAUUUACAUCUGAGUUUGGAAUUGCUAAGAAGACUACUUUGUCCAAGUCCAAUCCAGCGAUUAAAACUAUCAAAGGCUUGUUUCCUUUUUAUUCUGACUUGGAGCAUACUCCUCAUUUUUCUGAGCAAUUGGCUUUUGACCAAUGCACAUAAAUAUCGCAUUUUACUACCCGAGGAAGCAAAUUAGAUACGACGAGAGUAUUAGUAUUUCAGCAACCACAACAGAUUCUUUUUUUGGUCAGCGGAUCAACUCAUUAUAUAAAAAAAUAUGUGAAUUCUGGAAAGAAUGCUGCAGCAAUACCAGACAAUAAUGCAAUAAGUGAGUACAUUGAUGGGUUGCACUUGCAUUGUAAUGUUCGAUGGCAUGCAGUUGAUUUUAUUUUGAUGCCUGUGCUCGUUGAAUAUUUGUCACAUUGAAUUUUAUGUAUAUUUAAUAUUCAUAAGCGAUGUCUUGAGGUGUACAACACUAUAGUGGGAACAAAUGAAGUAUUGUUGCCUAUAUUACUUGCUAGGAUUCAAUUUUUUA